GUUAAAAGGCCUUAGCACAGGAGGAGACAUCUGAGAGUCCUCUGGUCAUCCUACCCAAUCCAGUCUCUGUCAUUGCUGCUUUUGUUCCAUAUUUAGCUUCUGACAACUCUGCCUGUUGCUGGAACUCCCUGCUUCUUUUUUCCCCUCACCCUGUGCUGUCUCUCUUCCUUGACAGCUCACGGACAUUGCUCCUGCUCUUUCGUAGUGAUCUUAACCUGGUACAGCCAUAGCCAGCAAGAUGGCUGAAAAGCAGGAAAACCCUGAAAACACCCAGAACGGUGAGCCGGAGCCUGAAAAUGCAGAGCUGACUGAGGAGGAGAAGGAAAAGGAGAAGGAGAGGAAGAAGAAGGAACUGGAGGAACUGCCCCCCUUUGAAAUUGUGUCAGGGGAACGCCUCCCUGCCUUCUUUUUCAAAUUCCAGUUCAAGAAUGUGGAAUAUAGCUCAGGCAGGAACAAGACCUUCUUAUGUUAUAUUGUAGAAACCCAAGGCAAAGAGUCAGGGACCAUUCGGGGUUACCUGGAGGAUGAGCAUGCAGCAGCCCAUGCCGAAGAUGCUUUCUUUAAUACCAUCUUGCCUGAGUGUGAAUCCAGCCUGCGCUACAAUGUCACCUGGUACGUCUCCUCCAGCCCCUGUGUGCCCUGUGCAGAACGAAUAGCUGAGAUUCUGAAGAAGAACAAGAACCUGCACCUCACCAUCCUGGUGAGCCGUCUUUUCAUGUGGGAGGAGCCCGAGAUGCAGGCUGUCCUGAAGAAAAUGAAGGCAGCUGGCUGCAAGCUGAGGAUUAUGAAGCCUCAAGACUUUGAAUAUGUUUGGCAGAACUUUGUGGAGCAGGAGGAAGGAGAAUCAAAGGACUUCGUGCCCUGGGAAGACAUUCAAGAGAACUUCUUGUAUUAUGAGGAGAAGUUGGCUGAGGUUCUGCACUGAGACUCAUGGCCAGUUUGUAAGAGAUCUGUUACCCAAUGAAGAAAUAAGCAUGACAGACUUGGACAUCUGGGACACUCCUUCAGCUUUCCCAUCUAGCAGGAUGCAACAUAAACCUCUAGCAGCCAUGGCCCUGAUGGACUAAAAUAUAUAUUUAUCAUGCAGCAUUUUUUGGUGUUUGGGGUUUUUUAGAAUGUAAUCCUGCAUUGUUUCUGUUAACAGGAAAGAGAGACAAAUGUGCCAUGGUUAGAGACAGAAAUGAAAUGGACUUCAAUGGAAUUUGUAAAACACAGUGCAGACCCCAGAUGAUAGAAGAGCUUUAGCGUAAAAGAAUAUUUAGAUAAGAGCAGGGCUGCAAAUUAGAUAAGCAUAUUUGGCAAGUGUACAUUUUAUAAAUAGUGAUUUUUUUUAAAAAGAGAAAACCAGCAAUGCAAUUAAAAGAAAGCAAAGCAUUA